AGUCAUAGCUAACAUCGUUAUGAACUAUGUCAUCGAUCAGAUAUUGAAGAUUCUACCGUUUGAAAUUCACUUCUUAAAGUUAUACGUGGAUGAUACUAUCGCAGCCAUACCGGAGUCGGAAGUAAAUAAUAUCUUAGAGUUAUUUAAUAGCUUUGACAAUAAUAUACAAUUUACCAUGGAAGUAGAAAAGGAUGAUAGUUUAUCUUUUCUAGAUGUGUUAGUCAAAAGAUCAAAUGAUAAAUUGAUAACUGAUUGGUUUGUCAAACCCAUUAGUUCAGGUCGGCUAUUAAAUUGGAAUUCAAAUCAUCCUCGGUCUCAGAAGAUAGGUAUGAUAAAAGGUUUACUUGAUAGAAUGACAAAGUUAAGUAGUAGUGAUUUUUAUGAAAUUAAUUUUAGUAAGAUUCGUAACAUAUUGUUGAAUAAUAAUUAUGAAAUACCAUUAGUAGACAGUGUUAUAAAUAAAUUUAAAGAGAACUUAAAUAAUAAACCAAGGAGUUUGGUCAACUCAAAUAAUAAUAACAUUAGAUAUUGUCGGUUUCCUUAUAUAGCAGAAUUAUCACAUAAAUUAAACAGAGUUUUUAUAGGAACUCAUGUAAGAUUAGCAUUUUAUAACAUCUUGAGAGUUAAUUCAAUCUAUUCUAAGUUAAAAGAUCCAGUAAAUAAACAACAACAAACUGGAAUAGUGUAUAAAAUACCUUGUUCGUGUGACUUAUGCUAUGUUGGACAAACUAGGCAGUAUUUGAGUAAUAGAGUAAAACAACACAUUUAUGAUUGUAAAAAUAUUAAUAUAUUAAAAGAGAAUAAAACAGCAUUAGCAACCCACCACUUUGACCAACAUCAUAAUUUUAAGUUUGAUAAGAUAGAAAUCUUGGAUAAAGAAAUGAAUUGGUGGAAACGUAAUGUUAGUGAAAUGAUCUUUAUAAAAACUAAUGAUACUGUGAACAAACGAACAGACACUAACAAUUUAAGUAUUUUAUAUAAUGAUAUAUUAAAAGAGUAUAAAUCUAAUAGAAAAAAAUAACCUUCAUUUCAGAUAUAUUUGAAUUUGAUACUUAGCGAGGUUUGCGCUAGUAUAAAAUAUUGUAAAGUAUAGUCUAUGUACUGAAGUUUCAAUAGUGGGCUUACCUUUGUCACGCAAUUAGCAAUUUUAUGUGUCGUGUUGGCUUUGUUUCCGGAAUCAAAAAAUAGUAAUUAAAUAAUUUAGUGGCUUUGUAGAUUUGUAUUAGUCUCUGAUGUCUGAGACAAUUGUGCAGUGUAUGAUAGAGAUUAUUUAAAUUCAUAUUAUGAUGCCUGAUGAAGGUCUAAUAAAAGACCGAAACGUUGCUAAAAUAAUAAUGUAAUUUGUUAUAAUAGUCCUAUCUUGUCCACAUUCCUGAGAUACACGAAAAAUAUUUUAUAAUAAUUAUGGACGACAAUAUUGAUAAUAUUAAAAUUAAGAAUGUUCAUUCAUUUACAUAUUUAUUUUUAACGCAAAAGUAUAUUCGCCUUACAGUAUUUUGGUGGUAUAGUGAGACCGCGUGGGUAAGCCACAUUCGUGUCUAUUUUUAAUGCAAAUAAAAUUAACAUGCGUUUUAUUUUGAAUAAUAGAUAGCCGACACGUUUCAAUGGAUGGCGUCUUUUACUUUAUCUCAAACUAGCGACCCGCCCUCGCUUCGCUUCGGAAACAUUAAAACACACAUGAAACAAACAAAAA